AUGGAGCUCCACUCCCUUGCUAAGAAGAGCAGCCAGGCUGUCCUGUGCGAUGCUGGGGACUGGCAUUCAGGAGGCCCUCCUGAUGGCCAGGCAGAUGCAGCAGCCAUCAAAGCUGCUCUCUGCUGCCAGAGACACUGUACGUCAACACCAAAAGCAGCUGAGAUUGAAGGAUCUAAACUUAGUCCUUCUCCAGCAUCCCCCUCCUCCUCUUUGCAAGACGGAGUUAUUCAGACAGACUCCUUGCCACCAGGACCUCUCAACUCAGGGAACAACCAAAUAACAGCAGGGCGGAAAGUCUGCAACUGCUGCAGCCAGGAAUUAGAAACUUCUUUUACCUGUGUGGAUGAGAAUGUCAACUUAGAGCAAAGGAACCGAUGCUCCCCUUCAGCAAAAGGGAGCAAUCACCUGGGAGACGUUGGCUGGGGAAAUCCAAACGAGUGGUCCCAUGAGGCUGCCGUAUCCUUGAUAUCCGAAGAUGAGGAUGAUGUAAGUUCGGAAGCCACAUCUUCAGGGAGGUCAGUUGACUAUGGUUUCAUCAGUGCCAUCUUGUUCUUGGUCACUGGCAUCUUGCUGGUGAUCAUCUCUUACAUUGUUCCACGGGAAGUGACUGUGGAUCCCAACACCGUGGCGGCCCGGGAGAUGGAACGCUUGGAGAAGGAGAGCGCAAGGUUGGGGGCUCACCUGGAUCGCUGUGUGAUUGCGGGACUCUGCCUGCUCACUCUUGGGGGGGUCGUUCUGUCCUGUUUGCUGAUGAUGUCUAUGUGGAAGGGGGAGCUAUAUCGUCGCAACAGGUUUGCCUCUUCCAAAGAGUCUGCCAAACUCUACGGUUCUUUCAACUUCAGGAUGAAAACCGGCACGAAUGAAAACACCCUGGAACUGUCCUUGGUAGAAGAAGACGCUCUUGAUGUACAGAGUUAAUUCUGGUUGUGAACUUCUUGAGGGUCUGCGUUAGCAUUUUCUGUGAAAACAAACCAACCAACCACUUUUCUUAAAAUUAACAGUGCAGUUUAUUUGCUUGUCAGGAAAUGCUCAUUUCACAAACCAACA